CACUGAAAACUCCAUAUGCAUGACCGCAUAUUAACUCUUCUCCUCUCUCUCUCUCUCUCUAUCUUUCAGUUCAGUUCUGUAAUCCCUAAAUCCCCAAAAUUUCAGACAAGUUUAGAUUCUCUCUCUCUCUCCUUUGGCUCGCGCUUGUGGAAUACGUUCAAAAGUGGGGUGGAAAAAAUGAAUAACGGUGGUCCGUGGUUACCGGAAGAGGACUUCAAGGGUCUCACGGAUAACUUCUUUGAUGAUCUCAUCAAUCAUAUCGAUUUCCCUCUUGAGGACAUCGAAACCACCAACGAAGAGGCAGACUGGGGUGCCGACUUUAAGAACCUCAUACCUCCACCAUCGGAUGUGCUCACAAGUUUGUCCUCUGAGUUCACUCGUGCUGGCACCAAUGGGCAGCUUGUGGAAGGAGCCCACAAGAAGCCUGUGCCCACUUUGAAGCAGUUGGGAGGAAUCUCUUCUACCGUUGAUACUUCCCUUCCUGAUGUGAAAGUCUCAAAGCUGUUUCAGUCCUCAAGCCCAGUCUCAGUGCUCGAAAACAACGCAGCCAAUGGUUCUGCAGCCUCGUUCCAGAACCAAAACAGAGCUCAGAGACUGGCCUUCCCCGUCAAAGGCAUCAGAAGCAAGCGCAAGCGCCCCUCAAUCCCAACAUUCUUAUCCCGCCACUCCUUCUUAUCUGAAAUGCUGGAGAGGAAGUUUGCUCUGGAUGAUGAUUCAGACUCUGAAGACACUUACCUCUCUUCUGAGAGUUCUGCCAAGAGGAGACGCAAGAAGAAGAACAGCAACGUCUCUCACAGUCCUGAACCAUUCAGCGCAGAUGGGACAGUUGUCAGGAAGUGCACUCAUUGCGAGUCAACCAAGACCCCACAGUGGAGGGAAGGUCCCAAUGGUCCUAAGACACUCUGCAACGCUUGUGGAGUUCGGUUCAGAUCAGGCCGUCUUCUUCCAGAGUACCGUCCAGCUUCAAGCCCCACCUUCAUCCCAACAGUGCAUUCAAAUUCUCACAGGAAGAUCAUAGAGAUGAGAAGGAAAGAUGAAGAAGGCCAGUUUGGAACCGGAAUGGCCCGUGGCUUUAGAUACCGAGCGUAGAGAGAGAGAGAGAGAGACUUUGUAACUUUAGCAGACCGAAGUGAGUUUGGUCUGUGAAAAAAACAAAAAACAAAACCAAAACAAUGAGGAUCCCUGGAAUGGGGUUUAGCUCUCUGUAAGACUUGUCUUCUUUAAAACUAGGGCUUAGUAUCUGUCUUUUUUUAAAAGAAUCUGAUGCAGAGAGUUUCUUUAGGGUUUGUAGUUGGAAAGUUAUAGGGUCUUUUAAAGUGUUUGUUUGAUUAUGUUUUAUAUUUGGCUGACAUCUGUUUUAUCAAAGUAGUGUAAUGCCAGUUUUCUUUCUUAAACUAUUUUGAUUAAGAAACCAUAUUGCUUA